GACGUACUUCCUGUUUUCACGAGAGCGUCGUACAGCAAACAUGGCGGCCUCCGGUGGAAGAACCGUGGGAUCUUUUCUCUGGAAAUGCGGAAAUUGCUGCUUCAAUUUUAACACAGUCUCGUCAAAUUUAACUCGCCAGGUGCUGUCCAGACAGCUAUGUGUGAGCGCUGUGCUCCACAGGAAGAACCUGGCUGCAGCGGGCCCAGAGAAGUUCUCGGAGGAGUUCAUCAAGAAGCAGGUGGAGGAGUUCAACAUCGGGAAGAGACAUCUAGCCAACAUGAUGGGAGAGGACCCCGAGACCUUCAACUCAGGGGAACAUUUGAUGAAGAAAGACUUGAUGAUCAAAAUCUUCAUAUUUCUUCCAGCAUCGGAUGAGGUGUUUCCAAAACAGAGAGCUGUCCAAUGGGGCGCAGAUGGACGGCCAUUCCACUUUCUGUUCUACACAGGAAAGCAGUCCUACUACACUCUAAUGCACGACACCUUCACUAAAGCCCUGGCAGUAGAGAAGCACCAGGACCGUCUGAGAGGAAAGGGUCUCUUCACCCAGGAUACCAAGCAGAUUUCUCUGGUGGGUAGUCGGUGGUUGCUGAAAGAAGAGCUGGAGGAGUUGUUGGUGGAGACCAUCUCAGAACACGAUUAUGCACGGUUCAUCCAGCUGAUGGAGAGGUUGCUGUCUCUGCCCUACUGCUCUGUGGAGGAGGACUUUGUCCAGCGCUACCGCAGACAGCUAGAGAUCCAGUCCUCCAAGCAGCAGGUCCAGCCCCUACAGUACGACCAGCACGGAGUGGCUUACAGCACUGGAGAUGGCAGGAGGAAGACCGCUACAGGUAUCCUACUGAGAGACAGCGGCUCAGGAUCCAUCAGCAUCAACGGGACAAACUAUGUCAACUACUUCCCUGUCCUGCAAGACCGGGAGCAGUUGAUGUUCCCCCUCCACUUCAUGGGGGUGCUGGGGAGGUUUGACAUGCAGUGCAGUGUGAGUGGCGGGGGCCAUUCCAGCCAGGCGGGGGCGCUACGCCUUGCCAUCUCCCGCGCCAUGCUCAGCUUCCUGUCUGAGGGACAGGUGGAGACCAUGAGACAAGGUUGGUAGUGGUACUACAAACACAUUCACACAACUAACGAC